AUCAAGGUCGCGUUCUCGUUCACGCUCAAAGAGCAAAGGACUAGUGGUUUUGAUAUGGCUCCGCCUGCCUCUGCUAUGUUGGCUGGUGCUUCUGCUGUUACAGGUCAGAUCACUGGUGCAAAUCCUGCAAUUCCCGGAAUGUUUCCAAAUAUGUUUCCGUUGGCUACAAGUCAGCCGUUCAGUGCUCUCCCAGUCAUGCCAGUUCAGGCUAUGACACAACAGGCUACACGACAUGCUAGGCGGGUGUAUGUUGGGGGCCUUCCUCCUACAGCUAAUGAGCAGUCAGUUGCAACUUUCUUCAGUCAAGUUAUGGCUAAGAUUGGGGGAAACACUGCUGGCCCAGGUGAUGCUGUGGUCAAUGUUUACAUUAAUCAUGACAAGAAGUUCGCCUUUGUGGAGAUGAGGUCUGUUGAGGAAGCUAGCAAUGCAAUGGCUUUAGAUGGGAUUAUUUUCGAGGGGGCACCUGUUAAGGUCAGGAGACCUACUGAUUAUAAUCCUUCCUUAGCUGCUACCCUAGGCCCAAGCCAGCAACCCAACCUUAAUCUGGCUGCUGUUGGUUUAACACCUGGGUCUGCUGGUGGACUUGAUGGUCCAGAUCGAAUUUUUGUUGGUGGACUUCCUUAUUACUUCACAGAAACGCAGAUAAGAGAGCUUUUAGAGACUUUUGGUCCUCUAAGGGGUUUUGAUCUAGUGAAAGAUAGAGAAACAGGAAUCAAAGGUUAUGCAUUUUGUGUUUAGGAUCUUGCAGUUACUGAUAUUGCAUGUGCUGCUCUGAAUGGAAUAAAAAUGGGAGAUAAGACUCUCACAGUUAGACGAGCUAAUCAAGGUGCAAACCCGCAGCAGCCUAAACCUGAACAAGAGAGCAUCUUAAUGCAUGCACAACAGCAGAUUGCGCUGCAGAAACUUAUGUUGCAGCCAGCUUUAGUGGACAAGGUGGUCUGCCUAACUCACGCAGUUUCUGCUGACGAGCUCAAAGAUGAUGAAGACUACGAAGAGAUUCUUGAUGAUAUGAGACAAGAGUGCUCCAAAUUUGGUACCUUGGUGAAUGUGGUGAUCCCGCGUCCACCGCAUGAUGGUGAGCCUGCCGCUGGAGUUGGGAAGGUGUUUUUGGAGUAUGUUGACGUGGAUGGUGCUACAAAAGCCCGUGCUGGGUUGAAUGGACGAAAAUAUGGGAACCAAGUAGUAGCGGUUUUCUACCCAGAGAACAAAUUUGCUCAGGGAGAUUAUGAAGGCUAAUGGGGUUUUAUUUGGAUUUUACCUUGUUUAGCAUUUUGUUAGUAAGGAUUAUGUUUUGUAUUCAUAAACUUGUAAGCUAGAGUUGUGGUCAUAGUACAGAAAUUGUUCUAUUUAGAUGCGAGUAGUAAGAAAAGUGAUGAUGGAUAAUUUGUUAAAUAGUUUUACCGGUCUAAUGGAUCUCUUGGUCCCUUGAGAAAUUCUUAUCUGCAUUAAUCAAAUUAAAGCUUGUUGCUGGUUAUUCCACACA